UCGAUUAUCUUCAGUCUUGAAUUAAAGCUUAUGGUGUGCGGACGUUUGUAAGUGCGACUACUUCUCAAAAAACUCGCUCGUUUCGACGGAUUAAGAACUAAACCGUACUGAAGUGUUCGUGGGUUGGUGCUGCAUUCUCAUACUUACUAAGUGACUUUGAUAUCUAUUUUGACAAUUGAAAGUGAAUUUUUCAGACGUUACAGUGUUUGCGGAUGCCCCGUACGGGGAUUGUAUUCAUUCCAAGAAGCUGAAACUAAUGGAUCCCAACAAGAAGAGCUGAGAUCGUGAAACAUGACGCGGGCCGCCAUUAUGUUUUGGAGCGAAAUGUCAAUCGCUGUCAUUUUCAUUCUUUUGGCAAUGGCUUGCGAGUGUACAGCCCGAGAUAUCAAUUUAGACGAAACAAACUCCGUGAGUGAAGCCUCAUCAAACGAGAACAUCCGCCUGGCGUGUGGGCCGAAGCCUCGAGGUCAGGUACAGACCAUCAGGUGGUACAAAGACGGGCAACCACUAGAGCUUCACGGACGAUUUAUGCAACAGAGGCAGUGGUUAAGAAUAAAAUCAUUCAGAGCAAAAGACGCUGGUUUAUAUUCUUGCAUCGACGAAGCUAAUGACUCGAAGCAAUAUAAUGUUACCAUCAAGCUCAAAGCCGAUGUCUAUGAUAUAGAAGAAUUUCAAGGUGAUGCUGCGAAAAUCGUAGACCAAAAUCAGGCAGCGGCACUUGUAGAGAACAACACGAUUGAAGAAUCUGCUACGAAUAAAAAGACGGUUAAAAGAAAUGUAACAAAAGUCAGUGACAAUAAUAACGAUUCUGACGAUGAAAAGAAAGAAGACGAUCAUGCAUUUGCUGGCCACAUAGAUGAUACAAAAAAUAAAUUUGCACCAAAAUUUAAGCACCCAUCUAAAUUAUAUAAUAUGGAUAUGAAACCUGCGGGAAGCUCUAUUCAGUUAAAAUGUGCUGCUGAUGGAAAUCCCAUGCCUAACAUAACUUGGUUUAAAAACAACGGCUCUAUAGAAAGGUCUUAUUUCCGACCAAAAUUCGGCAAAUGGUGGAUGUCCCUUGAAGAAUUAUCUAAAACGGACAACGGCAACUACACGUGCCUCAUAUGCAAUGAGCUAGGCUGCAUCAGUCAUACAGUUAAUCUUCAAGUACAAGAGCGAUAUCCAUCGAAGCCUUAUAUAAAAGAAGGACACCCAGGAAACAUAACUGCUGUGGUGAACGAUACCGUAACACUGGCUUGCCCGCCAAUAUCAGACUUGGAACCAUUCUUGUACUGGCUAAAGGCAUAUGAUAAUUUUACCGUUGUAGACGGUGAAGUUGGACCAAACGAGCAAACUAUACCAAACGGAUAUGAAAUUCAGAGUGAUGAUCCGGAAGACAAAGCUGAAAUGCUGACCAUAGCUAACGUCACCCAAGAGGACCAGGGUUGGUAUAUUUGCGUCGCCAAGAAUACUCUGGGACAAGCUACAGCUAAAGGAUAUCUAACAGUUUUGGAAUCAAUGCCAGUUCCCGUGGUACCAGAACAUGCUGGCAAGCACACUCUUCUCGUUAACAUCCUGACAGCUGUGCUCGGCGCUAUGUUCUUUGUCGCUGCCAUAAUAGUCGUAAUGAUAUUUAAGAAGCUUAAACAAGAAAAGAUCAAGAAGCAGCUAGCCAUGGAAACUGCGAGGGCAGUCAUAGUGACGCAUUGGACAAAGAAGGUUACAGUAGAGAAACCUCAGAUAGAUGGAUCACCGAGUAGCGCUGAAGAAGCUUUGUUGAUGCCUGUAGUGAAAAUCGAGAAACAGAAACUGCAACAGGUGCAAAGUAACACAAGUGAGUCUAUGGUAAUGUCAGAGUACGAGUUGCCGGUAGAUAUUGACUGGGAGGUCCCCAGGGAAACACUCUCGUUGGGCAAGAUACUUGGAGAAGGUGAAUUCGGAAAGGUGGUAAAGGCAGAAUGUGUUGGUAUUUUGAAACCAGGUGUACAUUCGGUGGUAGCUGUUAAAAUGUUAAAAGAGGGUCAUACUGAUGCAGAAAUGAUGGCUUUAGUGUCCGAGAUGGAGAUGAUGAAAAUGAUAGGAAAGCAUGUAAAUAUUAUCAAUCUGCUGGGCUGUUGCACUCAAGAAGGCCCACUGUACGUCAUUGUAGAGUUCGCGCCCAAUGGCAACUUAAGGGAAUUCUUGAGGAAUCACAGACCCGGAAACAGGUACGAAUCACCAACAGAAGAUCUAAAAGAUAAGAAAACUUUAACUCAGAAGGACUUGGUAUCAUUUUCAUAUCAAGUUGCAAGGGGAAUGGAAUAUUUAGCCUCAAGAAGAUGCAUACAUCGAGAUUUAGCCGCACGCAACGUUCUCGUAUCCGAUGACUGCGUGCUUAAGAUCGCCGAUUUCGGGCUCGCAAAAGACGUCCAAAGCAACGAUUAUUACAGAAAAAAGACUGAAGGCAGGUUGCCUGUGCGGUGGAUGGCCCCGGAGUCCCUUUACCACAAGGUGUUUACUACGCAAACUGACGUGUGGUCAUUUGGCGUGCUCUUAUGGGAGAUCAUGACUCUCGGCGGCACGCCGUACCCCACGGUCGCAGGUCAAUACAUGUACCAGCACCUGAGCGCUGGACAUCGCAUGGAAAAGCCACCAUGCUGUAGUCUUGAAAUUUAUAUGUUGAUGCGUGACUGCUGGUCUUUCAAGCCCGACGACCGGCCGUCCUUCGCAGAGCUGGUAGAGUACUUGGACAAGAUCCUUACGGUCACUGCUAAUCAGGAGUACCUAGACCUUGGCCUGCCGCAGUUGGACACGCCACCAUCCAGUUACGACGGCUCUUCAGACGAAGAGAGCGAUAGUGAAUUUCCAUUUAUUAACAAUUAACGAAAUGUACCUACCUCAUUUCGAGGAGAAAAAGAUAUAGAAAAUCAAAUCCAACCUAUGGAAAUGGUUGACAGCUUAAAUGCUUCGCAUAGCACAAAACGUCAUCGAUUUAAGUGUUUAAGCACUGCCAAAAAUAUCUGGAUAGAGCAUCAAUUUGAGAUAACAACAAGGACAAAUUUGUCUAUUUGAAUUUUGGCAACGAUGUAUGACGGUUAACGGGCAUCGAGAUUUGAGUUAAGUUUUUGCUGAACAUUCGUGACCUAUAUAUACCUACAUGUACUAUUUUCUCGGUCAAUGAAACUGUAUGUGUUUUAAACCUCGAUGUACGUUUGCUACGGGCAAAAAAUAAACCCAGUAAGACUAAAGUGAAAAAAGAACAUACUAUAUGAUACUAUACAUUUUGCUUCAGCGUCGUCAAGAAAAUCAACAAUUGACAAACUAUAGUUAAUAACAUAAUAUUUACAAAUAACACAUUUAGAACGAGGUCUAUGUAAGAGCUCAGUGAUUUAUAACAAUAUCUGAUUGUCAUUUUCUAUUGCUAAGAUUUUUAAUUAUAUUUUAAAUUCGCCUAAUUUGAUAAGUAGGCUAUAGUACGAAUUAUCUCAAAUUAUUUUUGCGCCCAAACCCUAAGCUGUUCAACAAAAGGCAUUUUUUAGGGUUCCGUACCUGAAAAGGAAACAACGGAACCCUUAUAGGAUCACUCGUGCAUCUGGCUAUCCGUCUGUCACAGCCCAUUUUCUCCGAAACUACGAAAUCAAUUAAUUUGAAAUUUGGUAUUUGGUGUAAGACGGGUAUGUGACGUCAGCAAAUUAAUUUGAAACAUAGGGGCCACUUCUGGGGGGUAAAUGAACGACCCAUCGGGUUUUUGAAGAAGUUUCACUCACGACGUUUCAGUACAAAAAUAAAAUUGUUAAAACUUGUAAGAUGUACGGAACCCUUGAAACGCGAGCCCGACUCGCACUUGACCGUUUUUUUUCUUUUGUGCACCGCAGUGGCUAUAGUUUAAAUCAUUUUAACUGAGCUGAUUCACUUACCUGUACUAACAAUGGCAUUGUAUUAUUACAAUACCAUUAUCUGCUUUUGUUCUUGUAGCCGCCAACCAGUUACUUAAAUAAGUUAGAAGUGCAUUGCAUGUAUAUUGAAUUUUUAACCUUGUUGAAUGUAAAAUGCAAAAAGAGCUAUGUUAGCCAUUAUUUAGUUAGUGUAUUUUGUAGUCUAUUGUUUAAAAAAUAGAGUCGUUAAUCUAUACUAACAUUUCAAGGCCGUUAUAAUCUGUUUUCACUACGAGGUAGUAAUCCUAAUUUGUGGUUUACCACUCAAUGGUAUUUGUAUUCUUGAGACUCUUUGAGUAAACAAGCUCAAUUCAUAAAAUUAACACUAUACCUCAUUUUUCAUCAGUGAAAAGGAUCACGCCCGUUUAAAAAGCAAUUUUAGCGUUCUACUUUUAUGGUUCAAAUUCAGAUAACAGCAUUCGGAGUUAACACGUUUGGGUAAAUGUAGGACGACAGGUAAGAAUAUCCGGAUAUAGCAAAAAGCUGUUACAUCAAUUUGAGCCCUAUGUGUAGCACGCUAAAAUUGCCCAUAAAACGGGCGUGAUCCUUUUCACUAAUGAGAAAUGAGGUAGCCACCGCGGUGCACAAAAGAAACAAUGCCUUUUGUUUAACGGUGUAGGAUUUGGGCGUAAAAAUCACUUGAGAUAAUUCAUACUAUAAAUAUUGGUGAGAAUAAAAUUUUACAUUGGCAAUAUGUUUUUGCUUGUACGAAACAAAUCAAGCCACAAGUUUAAGAGUUAUCUGCUCUUCUUUGUUUAUUAUAUUAGACUGAAUUUAGACAAUUAUUCUGACAUAUGUGAUAGUUUCCUUUAACAGAAGAAAACAACAACCUAUCUAAUCAAGAUGUCAUAUACAACGUGUAACUAUAAAAAAAAGGAAGUCGAAGUACCUCAGCCUCACCUUGUGUAAGAAAGGUGUGUACAUAUUAUAAUUUAAGGAAGCAAACGUAUAAUGAAAUCAGUGUGGCUACCACCAGUUUGGCACUGACACAAACGCUAUCGAGAACGUAACUUACUUUCUCGCUCGUACUUGCAUAUUAGUGCGAGCGAGAUGGAUAGAAAAUAAAUUACGUAGACGUUAGCGUAUAUGUCAGUUUUGACACUGUCAGUGACUCAUGGUACGGGUAACUGGUAACAGCAUUGUAAAUAACCUGAAUGGUACACCUUAUGGAUUAUGUUAUAUUUAUUAUUUUAAAAUUUAAUUUGGUGUAAAUAAUAUGAAUCUUUAUUUUACAACGUACAUAUGUAUAUUUAUUUAUUUUACGAAUAUGUUUGUAGUUUCUUAUUAAAAAAAUUGUUUGAUGUAAAAAUCCAUGACAAAUAUUAUUGUUUUCAAUCAAAUUAUCGGUUGUCGAUAAGGUUGAUUUCAUAUUAGAGAGAUAUAUGGAAAUAGCGCCUUAUCGGCAAUUGACAAUGAGUACCUACCCUUAUGGUUGAAAAUGGCAUUAUGAAUAGGCAGAAGAAUAUUUAUGUUAUAAGUAGGAUCUAGUGCAAUUUGGUAUGUAAAGUAUUGUAAAUAUUGAUUUUAGAUUAUAUGAACAUGAAAUACUCGUGUAAAUAAAAUAAAAAUGUGUUCUGUAUUAUCCUUGUUAAAUAUAUGUAAGUAACUCAGUGGAAAUGAAUGAAUAUGAGUUAAAUAUUAGUGUUAAUAUCGUCUCCAUAGUUUUCUUUCAUAUUACCAUGCGAUAAAAAAUCCGAGGAUUGAUCAUUUUAGUACCUAACAAAAUAAACAUUUAGAUUUAUAGAAACUGUUAUGUCAGGUUCCUUUAGCCCUGGAGGGUAAAUUUGGCCAUUGGGAUUAAUUCGGUGCAUGUUUUAUUAUUUCAUAUAAAUUAUGACUGGUGUUAUUUGGUUGUUCUUGGAGUUACUCCUUAAGAAUUGAUUUUUUAUAUACACGGUGGCUUCAAAAUAAGUGCAUUCCCGUUGUCAGGGAGGUUUUGGGAUUAAACUGAGCAACUUUUACUAUGGGACCAACCCCGAAAUCGCGAAAAAAAUUUUGCUGUGUCAUACAUUUUGGCUGGUCCAUUUUCUAUGGGAGGGUAAAUAUGUCGUCCAUCCUGUAUAUUAUACAGCAUAAUACCCCUUAUACAGUGUAUAAGGGAUAUGCUUUUCAUAGAUAAGUUUCGCACGAAACAUUUACGUUAUGUUUCGUGCGCAUCUCCUAUAGCAAUGAUUUUAUUCUCUUUGCGCCAGCAUGGAAACAGUUAAUUUAUUCAAUGUUACCAAUAACAACUGUUAAAUUUAAUAACAACUACUGUCAACAACUGCGGAGUUUUGAUCUUAAAUUUUAUAAUGUAGGUAUUUUAUAAUCGUUCGUAAGGAGUAAAUUCCAAUUAUAUGCGUCGGAGCUGAGACACACACUUUUUUAGCUGUCCGUCCAAGUUUAUAUAUAGUUUUCAUAAGGCUAUCCGAUUUAAAAAAAAUGUUUUUUUUUCUUGCAUAGUGUCAAAAUUUAUAACUGGUUAGUAAUUUAUUGUUUCCACACUUAUAUCCCAAAUAUCAAUUUUAUGAUUUAUUCGUGCAUAACGAAUACACAAUGUUCGGUUAACGUAUAUUACAUAAUCUUUUUUUAUCGGACUAUUUACUAAAUUAAUGCGUAGUAUAUACAUACAGUAGCACUAUGUGUUCUCUAUACGCUUUCAGUGAUAUUAAAAAUUAGGUGGUCCUAAUUACCUACGUAGUUGAAAUCCGUUUCGCGGUUUGCCUGAUUUUAAUGAGGUACCAUUAUUUUUGUAAUCAGUAGCCAUUUUCCUUAUACCAGUGCAGCUUAUUUUAUACAUUUGAGCAUUUUUAUAAUAUUAACUGUAAAAUGGCUGGUUGGUUGUCUUUAUCAUCACACCAUGUAUUAAGCAAAUUUAUUUAAUAUGGACUAGUACAUUGCAUUCUACCACCAAAAAUGUUUAUUGUUGUACUUAAAUAUUUUAAUUAAAAUUAGUAUAAGUAUUCGUAGGACAUGUUUAAACGUAUUAAGGAUAAUCAAUGAAAUUGAUUGUAAAUAUUAUACAAUAAUUAUUGCAAAAUGCGUGUGUGCCUUAGUCUAAAUCAUAGAGUAACUUAUACUAGAGCGGUACUGUCAUAGUAAAUUUUGUAACCACAGUAAAUUCACUGCCAUUUAUCGACACACUUUAAAACUAAAAAUGAAGAUUUAUAAAAAUACGAUAAAAUGUAUUUAAAUAUGGAUAAAUGAUUUUAUUUAUUUGCAUUAAUUAUUUUUAUGAUUUUGACCCAUGUACUUUCACUGAUAUGUGUUAAAAUUGUUAAAUAACAAACGAAACCGACAACGCCAUCUAUACGACAGUAGGCCAAAGCUAGUAGCGCCCUCUGAUAGAGAAUCAAAUUUUCUUGAUUUUCGGUUCACGUUUGUUCCUUAGACUGUAUCCAUCUAUUACGGAGUUAUUAUCUUUGGUCUAAAUACAAAAAGAACUAUUGAAAAACUAACUUCAAGUACGUUUUAAAAUAGCCUUGCCCACUUAGUUCAAAAAUUGCGGGCUUAAAAUGAACUGAAAGGAUAAUGUGUGAGUUUAAUUUAAUUUUGUUUCUAAUAAUACACAUUACGCGUCCAGGGUUUUCAAAUUACCUAGGUGAUCAACGCGUAGUACCAUCUGAGUUAAUUGGCAAAACUCUUUAUCCAGUAAACUAGCAGCUAACUACAGAAUACAGUACGCAUCUAUUACAAAUAAUUAAGUUCGGCAAUAUUUGUCUAUCUCUUUAUUAUUUUUGAAUGGCGUAGGUAUUCCCCUUUGUCCCCGCCGGGCACAGAUAGGAAUAGGUGCGUUCAUAAGAAUAAUUCCCAUCUGUACCCGCCUUAUGCAUGGCGGCGGUCACGUGGGGUGGGAAUAAAUGGGAAUACACCAAAAUUUCAUGCAUAUUUGAAAACAGAAUAAAUUGCAUUUUAUUUGUAGGUAUGUUUUUUACCAUUUUGCCUCAUGGAUUGUAAUGAAAUGUAUUUGCGUCAAGUUCUGACGUGUCAUGUGGUCAGGGCAUUUUGAAAGGUAAAUUGUAUUAUGCAUAAACACAUUUUAUCAUUAUAAAUUACUAAGUAAAUAAUAAUUGGGUUUAAAAAAUUAAAUGUAUCGUUGUACGAUACCUAUGUUAUGUAUAUUUUGUUAGAAUAAGAGGCAAUAUUGGAAACAAUAAAUGUCCUAGUACAAUAGUACCUAAAACAUGCAUUAUGGAAUAU